AUGGCCAAGGUCGAGAACGCUGAGGAGGUUGACUAUGCCAUCAAGCCAGAAAACGUCACAUCUGUAAUCCCGACAUCAGAAUGGCCAUUGCUACUCAAGAACUAUGACAAGCUACUCGUCCGAACUGGACAUUUCACUCCCAUACCCGUCGGCUGCACGCCCCUAAAACGCGAUCUGAAAUCCUACAUCUCCUCCGGUGUCAUCAACCUCGACAAGCCCUCAAAUCCAUCCAGUCACGAAGUUGUGGCAUGGGUCAAGCGCAUCCUGCGUGUAGAAAAGACUGGUCACAGCGGCACACUCGAUCCCAAAGUCACAGGUUGUCUUAUCGUCUGUAUAGACCGUGCGACUCGUCUGGUCAAAUCACAACAAGGUGCCGGAAAGGAAUACGUGUGUGUGAUCAGAUUACACGACAAACUUCCUGGAGGUGAAGCGCAGUUCGCUCGAGCACUCGAGACCUUGACCGGUGCUUUGUUCCAACGACCUCCAUUGAUCUCUGCCGUCAAAAGACAACUACGUAUCCGAACCAUCCACGAAAGCAAGCUCUACGAAUUUGACAAUGACCGUCACCUCGCUGUCUUCUGGGUGAGCUGCGAAGCUGGCACAUAUAUCCGAACACUCUGUGUACACUUGGGUCUCCUUCUGGGUGUCGGUGCGCAUAUGCAGGAGCUGCGAAGAGUGAGGAGUGGUGCAAUGGCCGAAGGCGAUGGCAUGGUCACACUGCAUGAUGUGCUCGACGCACAAUACAUGCAUGACAACAACCGAGACGAAGCAUAUCUACGCAAGGUCAUUUCACCCCUAGAAAGCCUGCUCACGACAUACAAGAGGAUCGUGGUCAAGGACAGUGCUGUCAACGCAGUCUGCUACGGUGCCAAGCUCAUGAUUCCGGGUCUUCUGCGUUUCGAAGCCGGCAUUGAGGUCCACGAAGAAGUCGUCCUGAUGACCACCAAGGGUGAAGCCAUCGCUCUAGGUAUCGCGCAAAUGUCCACGGUCGAGCUGUCGACCUGCGACCACGGCGUUGUAGCCAAAGUCAAGCGAUGUAUCAUGGAGCGAGACCUCUACCCACGUAGAUGGGGCAUGGGUCCUGUCGCCCUGGAGAAGAAGAAGAUGAAGUCCGAUGGAAAACUUGAUAAAUACGGCCGUCCUAACGAAGCCACUCCCGCAAAAUGGGCGUCCGAAUACACAGACUACAACGCCCCACUGACUGUCGACGGGGCACCAGUCGCGGAAAAGACCAGCAGGUCCGACGUUCUGUCUGCGCCACCCAUCGCCCCCAACGGUGAAACGGGAGACAGCAUGGACCUCGACGACACCGCUACCGCAGUGGAGCACACCAAUGGCGACGCGGCGUCCCUCGGCCCGAAAGAGAAGGACAAGAAGCGCAAAAAGGAGAAACACGAAGGCGAGACGCCCGAGGAGCGCGCCGAGCGCAAGCGCAGGAAAAAGGAGAAGAAGGAGAAAAAGGAAAAGCGCAAGAGUGGUGCAAGUAAGGCUGAGGAUGACGAUGAUAGUGACUAGGCAUACUCACGCUACUGCUUGUCUUGCACGUAUUGAGCUUCGGGCGGCGUUCAGGUCCAACGGGGUAGGCCUAGGAGUGCUGUGGUGGUGUUGUACUCCAACGUCAACGAUGCAAUAGCUGCAUUCUGUGUGUCUACUCUAUGUGCUGUGCUUUAAUACGGCGAGCAGGGCAAAAAUGGGCUAUGGGCUCAUGUUGAUGUAAAAAUGUGAAUAUUCAUCUUAUGCUCUGCGAUUCCACGAAGAUCGACGUCAACAAGAUGUCGCUACAAGGCCUCGAUUGAAGGAACUCCUGGAAGUCAUCCAGGGCACAUAAUGUGAUCAAGGUGGCAGCAUCCUCAUACAGGACGAUAUGGUGCCUUAUUGAUUCAUUGACAUAGUCGGUACAUCGUUUCAAUCGCUAUCCUCCCAAUGUCCGCGGUUUAUGGUGAGCGAUCGCGCUAGAGAGGUGCGUGCUCAAGAACCUCAUCUGUCAUAGCCUUUCCAGCCAGAG